UCAGAGACAAGCUGUAUGUGUGUGAAGAUGCUCAGCAGGACCUUCUCUGUUCUCCUGUUGGUGGCUCUGGUGGCUUCAGGCUGGUCGCUGAGCUGCAGAUGGAUGGAGGAGAAGUUCAGACAGCACAGUGAGGACCUGCUGGAGCUGCUGCACACCAUGGUGAAUAAUUCCACCAACAGCACUGAGGCUGAAGAUGACAACACUGUGAUCUUCCCUAACAAGCUGUACAACCAGAAGUCCAACGCAUCGGAUGAGGAUAAAGUGGCGUUCAUGGUCCAGAUCCUGCAGGAGACGGCCGCCCUGUUUGAGGAGGAUCACAGCUCGGCAUCAUGGGAGGAGAGCACAGUGGAGAACUUCCUCAAUCUGCUCAACAAACAGGCGGAUGAACUGAGCUCCUGCAUGGGGAGCCAGAAGAAGAAGAACACCAAGCUGCACAUGUACUUCAAGAGACUCUCAGUCCAGGUCCUGAAGAAGAUGGGCCACAGUGCUGAAGCCUGGGAGCUGAUCAGGACGGAAAUGGAACUUCAUCUGCUGAGAGUUCAGCAACUGGCUUCAUCUCUGAGCAGCAGCAACUGAAAUCUGUCACAUGAAGGAUGUGUUCACUCAUUUAUCUCCUUAUUUAUUCAAUUCUUUCUCUAUUUAUUAGUUGAUCAGCUCAUUUUUCUGCCUGUUAACUAA